AUAAACAAACUAAACACUUGUUAGAAUGAUUUAUAACCGAUUUCCACUCUUUUAUUUAUUUAAAACGCGUGACUCUUAUACUUGCUGCAUGGAAAUGAUGAUGAAAUUGGAUGGAAACUACAUUCUGAUCGUGUUUGCUGCAUGAAAAUGAUGAUGAAAUUGGAUGGAAACUACAUUCUGAAAAUAGUGUUUGUGAGAAGACGAGAACGAGUUGGACUGACUUCAAAAAAAAAAAAAAAAAAAACGUGUAAGAAUAUAGAAUUAACAAAGUAACAGACUAAUUUAAAAAAAUGUGAAAAUGCCGAAGAAAACAAGUGAUUUAUCAAAAUGGCUCAUUAGACCUGAAAAGUAAGUGACUUAUUAAUAAAUAAAUAUUUAAUUACUUUGUUAACCCCACCACUGCUUUUUAAUUCAUCCCAUAACUGUUAUCCAAGCAACCUUUACACUUGUUUUGCUUUUCAGACGAACAAACGAAGAAGCAACAACAACACCUACAACGACGACACCUACAACGACAGCACCAACAAACCCGGAGAAUAAUUUUAAGGAAACAACGAGUGAUCCAUCUAAACCGAACCAACCUCGUUCUUUGAGUUUUCCAAAAACAACGUUUGGUAAAGAUCCGAAACAAAGAUCGUUUAACCCAACAUGGUUUGACAAGUUCCUCUGGUUACAUUACGACCAAAAUAAAGACGCUGCUUUCUGCUUUACUUGUCUCAGUGCUCUUAGAAAAAGCAUGAUUUCUGCAACAAAAGCAGAGACAGUUUUUACUGAAACCGGCUACCGAAAUUGGAAAAAGGCGCUUGAAUCUGGAAGAGGAUUUUCUAAACACGAAUGUAGCGAAUCCCAUAAAGAAGCCACUGAAAGACUGAUUACUGCGCCAGGUACAUCAAAGGACAUUGGUGAAAUCAUGGUAGAUAAUCUUGCAGCCACAAAGGAAAGGAAUAGACGAAUGCUGUUAAAACUGUUGCAAAGCGUUCGAUAUCUAGGGCGACAAUCACUUCCGUUUAGAGGCAAUUGGGAUGAGGAAACACACAGCGAGUUGAAUUCGAACUUCCACCAGUUAUUUUUACUCCGAUGUGAAGAUGAUAAGGAACUGAGUGCAUGGCUUGCAAAAAAGCAAAACUACACGUCACCGGCUAUUCAAAACGAAAUGCUGCGAAUGGAAGCACUUAGUAUUUUACGUGACAUUGCAAAAAAUAUUCAGUCAGCUGAGAUUUUCACAAUCCUUGCAGAUGAAACAGGGGAUGUCUCAAAUACGGAACAACUUGUCAUUUGCAUUCGGUGGGUUGAUGAUGAAUUACAGGCUCACGAGGAGUUCAUUGGCCUCCAUCCACUACCUGAUACUAGUGCUGACCAAAUCGUUUUUUUAAUCAAAGAUAUUCUUUUACGAAUGAACUUGAAAUUAGAAAAUGCUCGCGGCCAAUGUUAUGAUGGAGCUGCAUCCAUGGCUGGUCACAGAUCUGGAGUUGCUACCCAAAUCAAAUCGUUGAAUGAAAAAUGUUUGUACACUCACUGUUACGGACAUGCUUUGAAUUUAGCUGUUGGCGAUGUGAUAAAAGAAAUCCCUGAACUUAAAAAAGCGUUUGGAACUGCCUAUGAAAUAUGUAAACUUGUCAAAAAAUCGCCAAAGAGAGACACACAAUUAAAGAAUAUCAGAGAAGCAACAGGAAAUGAAUCCAAGUCGGUCCAUGAGUUUUCUCCUACACGAUGGACUGUGCGAAGUGAGGUUCUUGAAUUCUUUCUUGAAAACCAUAAGGAAUUAAUGGAGCUUUGGACAUGGUCAUUAUCGAAUGUUAAGCUUCCAGAUAUGAGAGCGAGAAUCAACAGAGUAAUGACUGUUAUGUCUAGUUUUAAUUUUGUCUUCUGCUGUUGUCUUGGUGAAACCCUAUUGAAACAUACAGAUAAUCUUAGCAGGUCUCUCCAAGGAGAUAUUUCGGCAGCAGAGGGACAGCAACGGGUGUCGGAAGUCUUAGCUGUGUUAGAGAAGAUCAGAAGCAACGAAUUGUUUGAGCUAUUUUGGGAGCGAGUUCUUGUCUGGAAAUCACAACUCGGAGUAUCUGAUCCUAAACUUCCACGAAAAAGAAAGAUGCCAGAUUAUUUUAACAAAGUAUCAGAUGGCCCUCCUGAAACAUAUCAUUUUCAUGACACUGCCAAAGAUCACUAUCGCCACGUUUACUUUGAAACUUUCGAUCUAGUUAUUAACUACAUCCAACAAAGAUUCGAUCAACCUGAUUACAAGACAUACGUCAAUUUACAGGAAGUUCUUUUAAAAUCGAUCACUGGUCAGGAAUGGGAAAGUCAUCUAAAAGCAGUUUGUCGUUUCUACGAAGGAGAUAUCAACGAGUCACUUGCUAAAGUCCAAAUACCGCUACUCCCAGUCAUCGCAUCCAACCUUGGUUACGACAAAGAGAAAUUCAAAGUAACCGAUCUAAUCAAGCUGUUACAAAGUUUUGAUCAAUCUCAAAGAACUCUUCUAAGUGAAGUUGUCAAAAUAGCGAAAUUGUUGUUGGUAAUGCCGUCCACAAACGUCGUCAGCGAAAGAUCGUUUUCUGCUUUGAAACGAGUCAAAACGUACCUUAGAUCAACAACCACGAAUUUACGUUUGAACAAUUUGAUGGUCCUCCAUAUUCAUACUGAUUUCGUUGACAAAAUGGAUUUAACUCAAAUAGGAGAUGAAUUUAUCGAUAAACACCAAAGCAGAAUAGAAACUUUUGGCUAUUACAAUAGAUAACAUUUUUAGUCUUUUGUUCAUGAAAUUUAUGUAAACGUUUGUUCCCUGAUUUAAAAAAAAAACUCAGAAAACUGGAGCAAUUGUCUGUAUUUUCCUUUAUUUUCGUGAUUUCUAGUGAUUAAAUUUCUUUAAAAAGUACUCUCAAAAAGGCUGUUUUAGCCAAUCUAGCGCACUCAAAAUUCAAAAAUUUUCUUGGCCCGUCGGCCCCAAUCAUGGUGGGGCCUCCUUAGACACUGAAACUAGGCUGCUCCCCCCCCCCCAAAAAA